AUGAUACUCAAGCCACCGCUCAACAUCACUCAAACAAUCAAGGUAUUCUGCUUGUUUCAUCUUUCGUUCCAAACAACAUGCAAAGCGUUUCAUGUCGGUGAAGCUGCUGGCCCAAUGAAGCUCUCCAAGCGGGGGCAUUGCCACUCCCUGAAUCUUUCAGCAGCCGGCUUCACAAUCCUUGACAGUGAUUAUGGUUAUGGCAACGAUGAUUCUUAUGAUGAUGAAUAUGCGAUAGGAUCAUCCAGCACGAGCAACAAUCCAGCAUGGGAGAUUCAGUUUCAGAAUCUAAAGCGCUUCCACCAAGAGCACGGCCAUGUAAAUGUUCCACAACACCCAUCAGAAGAGAUUCAACAAAAGUAUCCCAAAUUGGCAAGCUUUUGCAAAAAUCAGAGGAGUCUCUACAAUAAGCAUCAUAACGGCGACAGUUUCGCAACCACGCCAUUGCCACCGAUAUUCCAAAGUCGCAAGGAACGACUUCAAUCCCUUGGAUUCGACUUUGAUAUUCGACAAUCUGUGUGGGAUUCCAAAUAUGACGAAAUGUAUGCUUUUUGGAAAAAGCACGGCCAUUUCAAGGUGAAAAAGUUGGAACAUCCUGAUUUAUACAGUUGGAUGUAUUAUCAACGACAAAGAUACAAAUAUUCCGACAAGAACUACAAACCAUUGACGGAUGAACAAAUCGCGCGCUUGGAAAAUAUCAACUUUUGUUGGAAUCCCAAAGAAGAAGAAUGGUGGAACAACUUUCAUGCUUUGAAGCGUCAUCAAGAGCAACACGGAAAUUUGGUAAUAUCGGAUUCCAAACUUCGUCCCUGGAAGAACUCGUUGCGCCGAACCUGCCGGGAAUACGUAAUGGCUGUCACUGUUGAUGGAACUACGAAGGAUGUACAUGUUUCGGGAUUGAAUGCACGACGCUUGGAGGCCUUGAGAGAGAUUCGGUUCUGUUGGUUGCCAAAACAUCACGGGGUCUUGAGAGAAGUCCCGCCAGAUGAUAUUUUUGAUGGAUAUCAGUAG